CCGGGGUUGGCAGCGGCUUGCACAUCCAGGAUGAAGAACUACAAGACAGUCGGCAAGAUAGGAGAGGGAACGUUCUCGGAAGUGAUGAAGAUGCGGAGCUUGAAGGACGGGAACUACUAUGCUUGCAAGCAGAUGAAGCAGCACUUUGGAAGUAUUGAGCAAGUGAACAACCUGCGAGAAAUCCAAGCCCUGAGGCGCCUGAAUCCGCAUCCAAAUAUCCUUCCGCUGCACGAAGUUAUCUUCGACAGGCAUUCCGGUUCUCUUGCGCUCGUGUGUGAACUUAUGGACAUGAAUAUUUAUGAGCUCAUUCGAGGGAGAAGACACCCAUUAUCAGAAAAAAAAAUUGUGCAUUAUAUGUACCAGUUAUGUAAAUCCCUUGAUCACAUGCACAGAAACGGGAUAUUUCACAGGGACGUGAAACCAGAAAACAUAUUAAUCAAGCAGGAUGUCCUGAAGCUGGGGGACUUCGGGUCCUGCCGCAGUGUCUACUCGCGGCCGCCGUACACCGAGUACAUCUCCACGCGCUGGUACCGGGCCCCCGAGUGCCUGCUCACGGACGGCUUCUACAGCUAUAAGAUGGACCUCUGGAGUGCCGGCUGCGUGCUCUAUGAGAUCGCCAGUCUGGAGCCCCUCUUUCCCGGGGACAACGAGCUGGACCAGAUCUCCAAGAUCCAUGACGUCAUCGGCACGCCUGCGCAGAAGACGCUCACCAAGUUCAAGCAGUCCAGAGCUAUGAGUUUUGAUUUUCCUUUUAAAAAGGGGUCAGGGCUAUCUCUACUGACCAGUCGCCUGUCAGCUCAGUGCCACUCCCUCCUGUGCUCAAUGGUGGCCUAUGACCCCGACGAGAGGAUCACCGCCCACCAGGCGCUGCAGCACCCUUACUUCCAGGAGCAGAGGGCAGCUGAGAAGCAGGCUCUGGGCAGCCACAGACCCACUUACUUCCCGGAACACUCUGUAGCCCUGGGGCCUGCCAGCAACAGCUGGUGUGUGGCCCAGGAGGGCCGGAAGCAGAAACCGUUGCUGAGACGAGCAGAGGACUGGUGUCCCCAGAGAAGAGGCCCAGCAUGCCUCAUGGAGCUGCCCCAGCUCAAGGUGGCCAGCGUCACCACCCUGCGCCCCAGGAAGGGGCCGGCGCUGCAGCCCCUGAUGUGCCGCCGGGUGAACAAGAAGACAGAGAGCCAGAAGGACUUGGAGCCCAGUCUGAAGCCCUACCGACUGCCCACGAUAGAGAGGCGAGCGGGAGGGGGCUGAGCACAUGCCCUGCCUCCCGGAGGCACACGUGGUUGGGCGGAUGGACUCCUGUCGUCGGGAGGACAACUGCUGUCGGGCAGCGGGGCCCUGUCUGCAGCCGCCAGCCCCAGUGGCCAGCUGGCAUGGAUCAAGUCAGCGUAUUCAGGCCGUGUCUGUAGCUCCCACGGGAAUGGCCACAGAUGAGCUGGGCUGCGCCUUGUGCAGGGUUCUGCGUGGCUGCCAUUUCCAAGCCAGGCUUCCAGAAGGUUCCCUGUGGUGCUGUCGCCCAGAGUGGCUAUGCUGGUGGGGACACCAGGUUCUAUUAAAG